UCUGUCUCCUUAUGAAAGUCUGACAAAUAUUAGCUCACCAUUAAUUUUGAUUUAGUUGAAAAAGCUUCUUUUUUCGUUAAUUUUUUUAAUUUGGAGCUAAAUUCAACCGGUGUUAGAUUGAGGAAUCAUUUCAUAGAGCAUUCAAAUUAUUAAAGGUGACACAAAUGUUUGACCGAUUUUUAAUAAACAGGUUUGAGAAAUCAAAAAACAUUCAAUUAAAUCUGUACCCAUUAAAAACAUAAUACGAAAAUCGCUUUGUUUUGUUUAAUUUGACAUCAACUCUAUUGCGACUAAAUCUCAAAUCAAAUACAAAGGGUUUUAUUGUCGGUGAUAUUGGCAGUUUUCAAUUGAAAAACCACGACUGUAAAAGUGUAGUUCAAUAAUUGCUAUAAUAUAAAUUGGUUUUUAGAAAUAAAUUUUGCGGCAGUCAUGUUGGCCACCAACCAAGUGUCGAAUGAUUACGAAAUUAAAGGCAUCCAAACGAUUGGCCAAGAGUUGUACUUGAAAGAAAAAUGGGCUGACUUCCAUUUCGAAUUUGAGUCAGCCGAUGGUCCAUACAACCGAAUUCCAACACAUAAAAGUUUCUUAGCCACAAUCAGUGAUGUUUUUGGUACCAUGUUCAAUGAUUCAUGGAAAGAGAAAAACUCGGUUAAAAUUGUGGACGCAUCGAUCGACGAAUUUAAGGAAUUUCUGCAGUUCUUUUACUUGAGCCGAGCACAGUUGACGAAAGAGAAUGUGGCCAAAGUCAUGUAUCUCGCAGACAAGUACAAUGUACAGGAAUGUUUGCGAAUGUGUGAACAAUUUAUGACACUUUUGCUAUCCACUGACAAUGUAUGUUGGGGCUAUGAUCUCGCCAUUCUUUACAAUCAAGCAUUUUUGAAAAAAUAUUGCGAAAUAAUUAUCGCUCUCGACACGAAGGCCGUAUUUUCUUCGGAUAGUUUUCUCGAGUGUAGCAAAGAUGCAAUGUCCAACAUUUUGCAGAUGAAUGCAUUAUCCUGUUCAGAAAUUGAAUUAUUUGAAGCAUGUAUUGCAUGGUUGAAAUCGGUGAGCCAACAAGACGAAUUGACUAAUGAAAUUGUUCAGAAAUAUCUGGGCGAUUCAUUCUACAAAAUUCGAUUUGCUACAAUGACGUUACAGGAUUUCACAGAACAAUGGAUCCAGUAUGAGCAAUUAUUCACAUUUGAUGAGUAUAAAACGAUUGUUAAGAGAAUUGCAUCAAAAGGAACCAGUUUAGAUCAUGAAAUGUCAAGAGAGAUAUUCAAAGCAUUUUCAUCAAUAUUUCCGAGUGUAGGUUGUUCUCGAUUUAUAUCAAAUAAAUACUCCGAAGUGCCAUACUACAUUAAAAAUAAGGAAACAACGAAAUUCUCGGUCAAUAAACCACUUUUUCUAAGUGCCAUCAUAUGUGAUGCAAUAUUUGAGUUUAUUGAUGGAAAAUUCAAUACAUAUGAGAAGGAAUGGGUACCGACUAAAAUGACCAUCGCUGAAAUUUCAAAGCUAGCUGAUAAAGAAAUCAUACUACAUGCUGAAGAUAUAAACAUGAAGCGUGACGCGCACACCGUAGUAUAUUUGAAUAAACCAAUACUUAUUCGACAGGGAUUCGUUUAUGCAAUUCAUAUGGAAAUGUCACCACCUGAAAAAGCUUGUACUGCCCUUCUGUUGAAAUCUGAAGUCAAACUAAAGGAUUCGGAUAUUAUCAUACAAUUUCAUGACGAUCCGACUAGAGAUGAUGACAAAGAUGUUGCAAGAGGUUUAAUUUUUUCUCUUGGAUUCAAAAAAAUUUAAAUACAUUACCACUAAGUAAUAACCAUUGUAGAUGUUCAUGUUUGCGUAAGCUCUUCAAGUAAACAAUAAAAAAAAUCUUAUUUCUGUAUCGAGAUAUGAUGACCGGAAUUUUGCAAGAGGCUUCCCAAUUGGCAAUUUAAAUUCAAACAAA